AUGAAUGUUACAAAUGUAGUAAAAAGACGAAAGAAGUUAUCUUAUUUUCAUUCACUUCUUCUGCUAAUAUUUUCUUUUUUUCUAUCAUGUGCUAGAUGUAUGGAUUAUUAUAAAAGACUGGGCGUUAAAAGAAACGCCACAAAAGAAGAUAUUUCAAAGGCUUAUAGGCAGCUAGCGAAAGAAUACCAUCCAGAUAUUGCACCAGAUAAAGAAAAAGAUUUUAUAGAAAUUGCAAACGCAUAUGAGACUUUAUCAGAUCCAGAGAAAAGAAAAAUGUAUGAUAUGUAUGGAGAAGAUUAUGCUCAAGGUGGUAUGGGUGCUGGAGGUCCAGGUGGAGGAGAGCAUGCUCAUGGUUUUCAUUUUGAUCAAGAUGUAGUAAAUGAAAUAUUUAAACAGUUUGCAGGUGGUGCUGCUGGUGGUGGUGGUGGCAGAGGUGGUAAUUUUCAUUUUAAAUUUACAUCAGGUGGUCCUAGUUUUAAUCAUUUUGAAGAUGAAUAUGAAGAUUUAUAUAAGAAUGAAGUUUUAAAAAUAAGUUCAAAGAAUUUAGAAUCAGUAUUAAAUGAUAUAUCAUUUUCUUUAGUAAUAAAUUUUUAUUCACCUACUUGUUCUCAUUGUAUAUCUUUUAAGAAGAAAUAUUUAAAAUUACGUAAAAAAUUUGAUGGGUAUAUAACAUUUGCUGUGGUUAAUUGUCAAGAAGAAAAUAUGUUAUGUAGAAAAUAUAAUGUUAAAUCUCUUCCACAUUUAGUAUUAGUUAAGUCUGAUAGAUCAUAUGAAACAUUUUAUGGUAAUAGAAAUGAUGAGAAUUUAACUUAUUUUAUAAAAAAUAAUAUUCCAUCUGCAUUUAUAGAAUGUAGUAAUCAAAAAAAGUUAGAUAGUUUUUUGACUCAAAAUAUAGAAAUACCUAAGGUUCUUUUUUUUAUAUCUCAGAAUGAUAAUAUAGUAAUGUUAAAAGCAUUAUCAAUGGAAUUUAAAAAAAGAAUUAAUAUGGGUAUAAUAUAUAAUAGCAAUUAUAGUGUAAUGAAAUUAUUUAAGAAAAAGAAUAUAAAGACACCAUCCUUAUUACUUGUAGAUGAUAUAGAUAGUUUAUCAGGUGAUUUAACUCAAUUAAAAAAUUUCGAUUUCAAUAUUUUAUCAUUAAAAUUAAGUCAUAUAGUUGCACAAAAUAGAUUAAAAAAUAAUUUAUAUGGACAUAUAACAACAUAUCAAGAAUUAACAAAAAAAAAAUAUGAAUCUGGACAAUGUCAUGAAAAGGAUUCACAGAUCUGUUUUUUUAUUUUAAAAUUAUUAAAAAAAAAUUAUAAAUCCUUUGAUGAGGAUAUUAAAAAGGUAGCAACCAAAUUUUCAAGUGACCCAUUAAAAAUUUUAUAUAUAAAUAUAUAUCAACAACCAUAUAUAUUAGAUUCUUUUGGAUUAUCUAAUGAUUCUAAAUAUUCAAAUGGUCUAAUUUUGGUUGCCUUUAGACCUAAGAGACAAAAAUUUAAAGUAUAUGAUGGUGAUGUUAAUGUGGAAAAUGUACAAAAAUUUGUUGACAAUGUGGUUAGUGGGGGGGUAUCAAUAAAUCAAAAUAUAAAGAGAAGUCUAAAAUUUGUGAACGUGGAACAUUAUGAUGACGAAUUGUGA